GCAGUCAUAUCUGCGGCGCGUAUGGCCUGGGCAGCCAAUGAGUGCUGGGUUUACUGCAGUUGUCUGCCGAUCCGGCUUUAGCGGCGUCUCUGCCUACAUCGCGUGAGGGAGAAAGAGGGCGCCGGGGUUGCUGGCUGCUGGGAGGCGGGGAUUCCUGAUGACAAUAGCGGCCUCUUCGUGAUGAGGCAUUGAGGAGGGGGGCCGGUUGCUAUGGAUUCCGGCUGACGCGCAGGCGCAGCAGUUCAGCUGCCGGCCGCGUCCCCGAGCGGAGGAUUUGGACGCGCCGCUCCCGCAGACUGAGAGCGGCCGCCUUCCGGACCAGAGGUGUUGCCUGCACAGGGACGCUUGCAUCAGUCAGUUGUACGUGUUGCAGCUGAGCUGGUUUUGCAGUUAAUUUGGCUGCUGGCUGGCUAUGGGCGAUUGGAGAGUAAAAACCAUGCCAGUACCUGAACCAUCACAAGAGAGCAAAGAAUUUAUCUAUCAUUGCACAUCCAAAUCAAGAAUGUCUCCCUGCAAUGGCAUCUUUGAAUCAUCACCUCAAAACAGCAGUCAUAACUUGAGUUUGUUUUGCACAAAAGAGAAUGUAGAACAAUGCAUAGCUUACCUCAAUCAGGAACUCACUACCUUGGGCUUUCCAUCUUUUUAUACGGGGGAGGCACAGGAAGAACUGAACCUGGUAGCCAUUUUAAAUUGUACAUAUGAUCUUCUGCAACUUCACCGCAAGAAUCUCCGCACACUGGAGGACAUGGAAACACAACAUCUGAAGUCCAGCAGUGAUAUGGACCACUUGUACCACAGCCAAGUAAAACUGAAGGAUCAGCUAGAGUCCUCCCGGAGAGAGGUUGUAUCAUUUCAAGAGAAGGACAGACAGCUACAGUUGAAGAACCGAGCUUUGCACAAUUUACUAAAGAAUGAAAAGGAGGAGAUUCAAAAGUUGCAAAAUAUAAUAGCAAGCCGUGCAACUCAGUACAACCAUGACCUGAAGAGAAAGGAACGAGAAUACAACAAGCUGAAAGAACGGUUACACCAGCUUGUAAUGGACAAGAAAGACAAGAAGCUGUGCAUUGACAUCCUUAAUUAUGUGGGGCGUUCAGAUGGGCGACGGAGUGCUUGGCGAACUGGCAAAACAGAAGCCAGGAAUGAAGAGGAGAUGUACAAAGUCCUUAUCAAUAACUAUGAAAGACAUCAUAAAGAACUCAUGGUGGAAAACAUUGAACUGAAACAAGUUCUCCAACAGAUGAAAAAAGAAAUGAUGUCCAUACUUAAUCGUAGAAAGCAGAGGCCAAAAGAGCCACUGGAAGAUAGCAGUGGUAUAGCUGGGUCAGACAAUGAAGAGGAUUCUCGUGAGUCAAAUAAGGAAAACAAUUUGGAGCUGUCGUGUGAGGAGGUGCGGGAACAACUGACCAACAGCAUUCGGCAACAGUGGAGAAUGCUGAAAAGUCAUGUGGAGAAAUUGGACUCACAAGCCACCUUGAAGUCCAGUUUUCUGGAAGAUGAAGUGAUCAGCAAAGAAGAUCAUGAGCAUGAAAUGGAGAGACUGAAGGAUGAAAUUCAGCAGUGCCGGGAUGUGAUCAAAGCCCAGCAACACUUGCUACAGCAACAGCUUAGUACACAGUGUGACGAUGAAACAGCUGUACUUUUGCGGGACUGCUACUUGCUGGAUGAAAAGGAACGGCUGAAAGAAGAGUGGAGAUUGUUUAAUGAGCAGAAAAAGAAUUUUGAAAGAGAGAGAAGGAAUUUCACAGAAGCAGCCAUUAGGCUUGGUCAUGAGAGGAAGGCCUUCGAGGAUGACCGAGCGAUGUGGUUGAAGCAACAGUUCUUGAACAUGACUCCUUUUGUGGAGAGCAAAAGGCCAAAAAUAAUGAAACCACACAGUGCCUUGUCUAUUAGUCCAGAGCAGGAGAAACGCAGAGUACAGUCACAGCCAAAUAUGCCAGCUUGCUUUGGAUCUAAUAGUACUACACAGGAAACUCCAAGAAAUACCAAAUUUCCUUCAUUGAAGAGCGCCACAACUGCAGAAUCUGGUAGAAAAGGAUGUCUCAGUCCAGGCUCGAGCUUGAGACAUGUACCAAAAAGGGGUGUGGGGAGUUCUGAAGUGACCCGGAGCAGUAACGGAAUCUCUCAUGAGAUGUGGAGGAGCCCCUCGAAGGCAGGCCCUGAUCCCUCACUUUUCAAAGAGUCCUCUGCAGUUUGGAACCAUUCUCGGGAUGAAGGGGACUCGGAUGAAAAUUUCCUUCGAUCUGCAAUUGAACCCAGUCUCAAAUGACUGGUGGAAAAGUCAUAAAACUAUUAGUUCAGAUUCUGCAAUACAAUCCGGGGUCCUUAGAGUAAUGUAUGUGCAUUUAUACCCAUUGUGGUGACAAUUGGACUACUGGAGCUUUCUUCAGGCAGCACUUUGUAUGUUGAGUGGCAACUGUUGUAGAUCAAGAAUCCUGGAUGACUUUUUAUGAACUUCCAUCGAUAUACUAGGUUUCCUUAAGUUGGGGCUGAAUUAUAGUUUUUGAUUAUUUCUGUUUUGCUAUUGAUUUUAUAUAGAUGCAUUUUUUAAUUUUCAAAAAAAAAAAUUUUGAUUUUGAUUAGUUGAAGUAAUGUGAACCACUUGGGAUAGUAUCUGAGGCCUAAAGAAAUUUUGCACAAGUCAAACCAGUACUAUAGGCCACAGUUGCUCAACUUUAAUCAGGUCCUUGUAAAAUGUUCUGAGAGAAGUAUAAUGAAGUUUUUUUAAGGUACAUAUUUAUAUAUUGAGACUCUACUUUAAAUGUAAUUUUUAGUCUUUGAAGGAUGGGAUAACAAUAAAUAUGUUCCCAGCAGAUGCAGCACACAAUUUUGACCCAGCUCCUAUCAUUUCGGAUCUCCCCCUCCCCCUCCCACUUUACAAUCUCUUACUAUCUCUUCUUUCAGAUAGCCCUGACGAAGGGUCUCGGCCCAAACCGUCAACUGUGCUUCUUCCUAUGGAUGCCGUCUGGCCUGCUGCGUUCACCAGCAUUUUGUGUGUGUUGCUUUGUGCACAGCUUUAGAGGUUUUGACUGAUGUCUGGCUCUGUUUUGGGAAGUUAAGUACCUGAUGAACCAGGGGGGGGAAAGCUAAAAUCUUGCAGACAGGCUGUUUUAGUUUAAUCAGCACCAAUGAUUUAGAGCAUAGAACAUGUCAUCUUUCUGUCCUUGGUUUCUUGCAUUGUUGCACUGAGACCCAGUACAAGCCUGGGAACAUGAUCUCUGGCUGGGGCACAUUGCAGCAUUUCCAAGAUUCCAAGUCGCAUGUACAUCAAAACAUACAGUGAAAUGUGUUGUUUGUUCACAACCAACACACCCGAGGAUGUGUUGAGGGCAACCUAUAAGUGUCACCAUACAUUCUGACGCCACACACCAUUCCUGCAUGCUCAGCACAGGAACAUAGAGCACAACAAGCAACUAAACAAACCUCAUUCCUCUGAGAAUUCUCCCAAUGAGCACUGGCUGUUUCCAUCUCUGUAAAGGCAACCUGGCAGGCCUGUCCCAUAAUCUUGCUAUUAGUAACAUUAAAAUACAAAAUAAUUAAAUAAUUGGUUUUAACUAAUAUGACAGGGGGAUAGGUACCAGGAUGAUGAUAUGUGUAUGUAUAUGACCUGGAUGAGGAAGUAAAAGGGUGGGUUAGUAAAUCUGCUGAUGACACAAAGGUUGGAGGUGUUGUGGAUAGUGUGGAGGUCUGUCAGAGGUUACCGCGGGACAUUGACAGGAUGCCUACUCAGGGAAAGGCUAUCCUAGAUUGGGCAUUGUGUAAUAACAGAGAUCUCCUUUGAGAGUUUAAUGUAAAGUAACCCUUAGGAGGCAGAGAUCAUAAUGUGAUUGAAUUCAUACUGGAGCUUGAUACACAUGUAUGGCAAUGGAAUAAAGGGAAUUACAGAGGUACGAGAGAGGAGCUUGCCCAGGUGGAUUGGCAGAGGGUACUGGUGGGGAUGACAGCAGAGCAGAUACGGCAGAUGUUUCUGGGAAUAGUUUACAAGGCACAAAACAAAUAUCUACCACAGAGGAAGAGGUUCUCAAGUGGCAGGCAUAGGCAACUGUGCCUGACAAAGGAAGUUAAAGACUGCAUAAAAGCCAAGGAAAAGGGCGUAAAGGUAGCAAAAGUGAGUGGGAAGUUGGAUGAUUGGGAAGCUUUUAAAAUCCAACAAGGUCGACUAAAAAGCUAUAAGAAGGGAAAAGAUAAGAUAUGAGCGCAGACUAGCUGAGAAUAAAAAACAGGAUACCAAAAGUUUUUUCAGUUAUAUAAAGAGUAAAAGGGAGGUGAGAGUUGAUAUUGGACCACUGGAAAAUGAUGCUGGGGAGGUAGUAAUGGGGAACAAAGAAAUGGCAGAUGAACUUAAUGGGUACUUUGCAUCUGUCUUCACUGUGGAAGACACUAGCAGUGGGCCAGAGCUUCGUGAGUGUCAGGGAGCAGGAGUGAGUGCCAUUGCUAUGACAAAGGAAAAAGUGCUAGGCAAACUCAAAGGUCUUAAGGUGGAUAAGUCACCUGGACCUGAUGGACUACAUCCCAGAGUCCUGAGAGAGGUUGCUGAAGGGAUAAUGGAAGCAUUGGUCAUGAUAUCAAGAAUCACUGGAUUCUGACGUGGUCCCGGAGGACUGGAAGAUUGUAAUGUCACUCCACUCUUUAAGAAGGGAGGAAGGCAAAAGAAAGGAAAUUAUAGGCCAGUUAGCCAUACCUCAGUGGUUGGGAAAGUGUUGGAGUCUAUUAUUAAGGGUGAGGCUUCGAGGUACUUGGAGACUAAUGAUAGAAUAAGUCAAAGUCAGCAUGGUUUCUGUAAAGGGAAAUCUUGCCUGACAAAUCUGUUAAGAGUUCUUCGAGGAAGUAACAAGCAGGGUGAACAAAGGAGAGACAGUGGAUGUCAUUUGCUUGGAUUUUCAGAAGGCGUUUAAUAAGGUGCCACACAUGAGGCCGCUUAACAAGAUAAAAUCCUGUGGCGUUAUGGGAAAGAUACUGGCAUGGAUAAUGGAAUGGUAACAGGCAAGAAGCAGCGAGUGGGAAUAAAAGGGGCCUUUUCUGAUUCCCUACCGGUGACUAGUGGUGUUCCUCAGGGGCCAAUAUUGGAACCGCUGCUUUUCACCUUGUUUGUCAAUGUUUUAGAUAAUGGAAUUGUUGGCUUUGUGGCAAAGUUUGCGGACAAUAUGAAGAUAGGUGGAGGGGUAGGUAACGCUGAGGGAGCAAUGCGGUUGCAGCAGGAUUUAAACAAAUUAGAAAAAUGGGCAAGAAAGCGGCAAGUUGGAAUACAGUGUGAUAAUGCAUUUUGGCGAAAGGAUCAAUAGUGCGGACUAUUAUCUAAAUGGGGAGAAGUUUCAAACACCAGAGGUGCAGAGGAACUUGGGAGUCCUCACGCAAGACUUCCAGAAGGUUAAAUUACAGGUGGAGUCUGUGGUAGAGAAGGCAAUGCAAUGUUGGCACUUAUUUCAUGGGGGGAUAGACUGUAAAAGCAAGGAGAUAACGCUGAGGCAUUAUAAGACACUAGACAGGCCACACUUGGAGUCUUAACAGUUUUGGGCCCCAUAUCUCAGGAAGAAUAUGUUGUCAAUGGAGAGUCCAGAGGAAGUUCAUGGGGAUCAUUCCAGGAGCGAAGGGUUUAGCAUAUGAGGUGCAUUUGGCAGCUUUGAGCCUGUACUCAUUGGAAUUUAGAAGAAUGCGUGGGGCUCUCAUUUGAAACCUACCAAAUAUUGAAGUUAUAUUGAGGAAUAUAGGGAAGCACAAAAGGAGCUUAAGGGGUUGAGAAGAGCAAGAAGGGGGCAGGAGAAGGCCUUGGCGAGUAGGGUAAAGGAAAACCCCAAGGCAUUCUUCAAUUAUGUGAAGAAAAAAAGGAUGACUGGCGUGAAGGUAGGACUGAUUAGAGAUAAAGGUGGGAAGAUGUGCCUGGAGGCUGUGGAAGUGAGCGAGGUCCUCAAUGAAUACUUCUCUUUAGUAUUCAUCAAUGAGAGGGAACUUGAUGAUGGUGAGGACAAUAUGAGUGAGGUUGAUGUUCUGGAGCAUAUUGAUAUUAAGGGAGAGGAGGUGUUGGAGUUGUUAAAAUACAUUAGGACGGAUAAGUCCCCGGGGCCUGACGGAAUAUUCCCCAGGUUGCUCCAUGAGGCGAGGGAAGAGAUUGCUGAGCCUCUGGCUAGGAUCUUUUUGUCCUCGUUGUCCACGGGAAUGGUACCGGAGGAUUGGAGGGAGGCGAAUGUUGUCCCCUUGUUCAAAAAAGGUAGUAAGGAUAGUCCGGGUAAUUAUAGAAAAGUGAGCCUUGCGUCUGUGGUGGGAAAGCUGUUGGAAAAGAUUCUUAGAGAUAGGAUGUCUGAGCAUUUAGAGAAUCAUGGUCUGAUCAGGGACAGUCAGCAUGGCUUUGUGAAGGGCAGAUCGUGUCUAACAAGCCUGAUAGAGUUCUUUGAGGAGGUGACCAGGCAUAUAGAUGAGGGUAGUGCAG